AUGGCGUUCAAGUUAUAAAGUCGCGCAACAUUCCCUUUCUCCGUGUGUCUUUGUUGAUCGAUAUUUAUAUUUUUCCUCUGAAUAUGUAAUUUAUUGUUGACUCCAGACCAAACUGCCGCCUCUGAUCGGAUCUGACCUGCCGAAGGUUUCUGGUUUAAAAGGAAAAAAUAAUCUCCCUCUUUUAUGGAAGCUGCUAGCCACCGGAGCUAGCUUCAGAAGCUACUUUAGCUAGCAGCUAGUUUGUGACUAAAACAAACAAAAUAAAAAAAAAAGUUUAACGAGAAAACGUGCCGCCGUUUCACCGACAUGACGUCAGCGUCCGCCAAGGUCGGGGAGAUUUUCUCAGCAGCAGGAGCAGCUUUCACCAAACUGGGCGAACUGACGAUGCAGCUCCACCCAGUGUCCGACUCCAGCCCUGCAGGAGCGAAGUGGACGGAGACGGAGAUCGAGAUGCUUCGUUUGGCCGUCCGUCGCUUUGGAGACGACCUCAACAACAUCAGCACAGUGAUCAAGGAGCGCACAGUCGCUCAGAUAAAGAGCACGGUGAAGAGGAAGCUGUACGAGGACAGCCGGGUCCCCAUUUCCUCCGAGUCCCCGAAGAAGACGGUCAAGAAGGCCGUCGUCGCCAUGACGUCGGCCCCCGCCCCCGCCCCCGCCCCACCUGCCAUGAUCGCUGUGCCAACCUCGCAGGUUGUCGUGGCGACGGGGAUGCAGAGCAGCCCCUCCCUGGCCCCGCCCAUCAAGAAACAGAAGACGGCAGACGUGACGCUCAGCGCUCUCAAUGACUCGGACGUGAACAGCGACUUGGUGGACAUCGAAGGACUCGGUGAUGGUUCGUCCAGCAAGAAGCUCAACUUUGACCAGGAGAGCCUCAACCUGGACUCCAGCCUCAUCAUGAACUCCAGUGACCUUCCUCUUCUGUCCCGCUGACCUGGAGACGCUUCUUCUUCAAAGAGGACAGUCCUGUUACCUGGUGUUUCUAAAACUCCAUACUCUGCAUUUUGUAGCUUAAAAGAUGAAACUAAAGCAGUUUAUUUUAUUCCUGUGUUGACAGAUCAGGUCAGGUUUUUCUUGAAGAAUUAAAUUUUCUUCUUGAAUUAUGUUUUUAGUUUUCAAGUCAGUUUCUGUUUUUGAAAUCACACAAACAUUCAUCCUUUGAUGUUAUCAUGAAGAAUUCUGUGAAACUGAUGCUUUAAAUAAUGUUUUCAUCCCUGAAUCGGGAAUCUGAUGAUGUAAACUAAUUGUUGUGCGGCCUGGAUCACGUCUGUAAAGUCGGAAUUUAUUAAAAAUAAAGACGUUUGUGUUUGAAAAA